GGGCGAGCGGACGCGCCGUCGGGGCAGCCCAAGGGCAAGGCGAGCCUGUCGCGGGGAGACGCCCGCCGGGAGCAGGGGGCGCCACCGAGCCCUCCCGCCACCUGUUCCCUCUCCGGGGCUGAGUCUGGGCAGCUGAGCCCUGCCGACCUGCUCGGCUUCGACGGCGCUCCCGGACUCGGAUCCCGCGGUCCUGCGGCGGACUCGACCCCUCUGGAACGGGUGCCCCCUCGCCGUGGCUGGAAGCGACGCGGCGGGGGAAGAAGAGAGCGGAGCUCCAGCGCAUCUUCGCCGGGAGGACCGGCCGCCCCCCUCCCUCCGCUGCGCAAGGACGCGGACGGGACCCCUUCGGGGAGCGGGUCGAGGAAGACCGGGCGGGCCGGCCGGCUGCAGAGGCCCGUCCAGGUGGGGAGGUGCGUGGACUGCAAGAGGGACCCGUGGCUGUCAGAAGCCCCGCUCGGCACGUGAGCGCUGAUUUGGCUUGCUGGAGACCCUCGGGGGAGGGGGAGAGAGAGAGGAGAAACGAAGCAGCCCCCUUUCCCCAAACUCACCACCCUCCCGCGCCCCCGUCGUUCCUGCUCUGAAAAGUCCCCAAAGGCAUCCAGAGGCGCUCCGGGCACCCCGCUUGCGCGACUCCGGGACUGACAGCGGAGGGAUCAGCCAAGGAUUCCCCCUUCCCGGCUCGCCACGGCCCCAGACAUGCCCCCCAAGGCCGCCGCCGCCGUCUAGUCUCCCCCUCGUCCGGCGGCCCACUCCCGGCGGCAGGAGAGCCCCCGCGGGAGCCGCCAUGAAGCUGGAGAUCUUCGCGCCGCGCUACGAGGACAAGCUGAGCAGCAGCGGCGGCAGCAGCAGCAGCAGCGCCCCGUCUCCGCUGGCGGCCGAGAGCGAGCUGGGCUCGGACGGCGACUGCGCCGCCUGCAGCCCGGCCAGCGGCGCCUCCUGCGGGCCGGGCUCGCCCGGCUCGACGACGACGACCACGGCCGCCGCCUCCUCUUCCCCCUUCUCCCCGCCUCCCGGCUCCAAGUUCAGCAGCUCCUUCGCCAUCGAGAGCAUCUUGAGCCGGCCUUUCCAGCCCUCCCGGCCGCGGCAGCAGCAGCACCCACGCCCCGCCACGCCGGCUGCAGAGAGGGCCCUGCUGUGGUCCGCCCCGUCGAGCUACCCUCGCCUUCUCCCGCCGCCUGCCCUGCCCUACUCGCUCGUGCCCCCUUUCCAAGCCGCUGCGGCCUCCCCUCUCUACCCCUUCGGGAUCCCCGAUCCACUGGCGCUAGAAGGAUCCCGGCGAGAGGCGCCGACCCCCGGCGACCCCCAGCCGCUCUUCCCCCCCAAGACUCCGCCGGAAGCCCUGCAGGGGGUGCCGCUCGGCCUCUCGCCGUUCUACUGCCCCCUCCGGCUGCCCGCGUCACUGCAGCAGGUUGCCUCCUACCGGCCUUAUUCCGUGGAGACCCCGCCGGUGUGAUGCUGGAACUCGCCAAAAAAUGCCCCUCCCGAAGGGGUCACUUGAGGACAGGACACCAGACCGUCUUCUUCGCACCGGUCAGACGCAGAGGCUGAGCACGGAAAUAGCAAGACUGUGCCUUAGCGGCGGAUUGCCCUUGCGACCAAAAAGAUGGACUCAAGCGGCCCCUUUGGUUUCUGGACUUGCCAAAUGGACCGCGGUGCUUGUUACUGACUGGCUGGACG